GACAGUCCCGUGCUUUGCGUCUGCUCUCUGCGGGCUUCAGGGAUGAACGUGCAGGAUCCGUCUGGAGGAGACAAUGCGUAAAAGCCAAACCGUCCGGGACGCGCUAUAGAGCGUAGGGGGGCGAUGCUUGAAAACAACCCCCCCUCCUCCUCCAGAAUCUCUCCGCUAUCAUUUAGACGACACAUCCCGACUGGCUGAGGAGGAGGGAGAGGAAGAGAAAAAUGAAAAGUUGAAUGGCUACUAGAGGACACCUGGGUGCGUCAGGACAGGAGGGGUGACAAGAGAGGAGCGGACGAGCCAAGCGAAGAGCGCACAGAGAAAAGUUGGGAGCAAGUUGAUGCACCGGAGGGGGAUUUAGCGCAGAACCCCGCGAUGUCUGUAGGACAGUGAGGGGGGAGAUUUUAACGAGUCGACAAAAAUAGUAAGAAGGGGAUUUGUCUGUACCGACCGCACGGUGUCUGCGGGACAGCCGAGCGUGUGCGCACCGGCCAGGAGGCGACUCGUCUUGCGGCUUGGAGACUUGGACACACACCGAAACCCAGCAAACAACGGCACAUUGUUGUUUUUUUUUUUUUUUUUUUAAUAUCCAAUGCGAAGAAACGCGGACAACUCGUCGUAGCUGAGACAAGUUGUAUUUUUAUUGCUCGUUCCAAACUCGAGCUGAGUUCGUUCACAUUUUUACCGGAGUUUUCAUCUUUUUUUUUUUUUUUUUUUUUUUUUUUUUUUUUGUUGUUUCUCGGUUAACCACUCUUAUUAUCCCAAGAGGUUUUAACAGUCGCACGCCGGUGUAAAAGAAUUAAAAACGAUCUUGGACGGGUCAGGCCAUGUAAAAUUUUGCGUGGAUGCCAGCAAGCCAGAUAUCGGGAGCUGGCUGAAGCACAUCCAGUUUGCCCCUGCGGCCAAGCAGCAUAACCUGACAGCGUGCCAGAUAGAUGAUCAGAUCUUCUACAAAGUCACCAGAGAGAUUUUCCCCGGUGAGGAGCUGCUACUUUUCAUGAAGGCUGAAGAGUAUUCAUGUGACACCAUGGCUCCUGAUAUUCACGAGGAGAGGCAGUACCGCUGUGAGGACUGUGACCAGCACUUUGAAUCCCGCAACCAGCUGCUGGACCACCAGAAGCAGCCGUGUGGGAUGCCCCCUUCCUCUUUCCUUAACCCAGGAGGAGACAGUGACCUGAAAGCCCAAGAACCUCAAGACCUGAGACCACUUAACAUGUCCCAUGGUCUUCAUGAGUGUAAGGAGUGUGACCAGGUCUUCCCAGACAUCCAGAGUCUGGAAGCCCAUACUCUGUCCCACUCUGAGGAAAGGGAAUAUAAGUGUGAUCAAUGUCCCAAGGCCUUCAACUGGAAAUCAAACCUGAUACGACAUCAGAUGUCACAUGACAGCGGCAAGCACUACGAAUGUGAAAACUGCUCAAAGGUAGAAGCAGAUAGUAACUUCCCCGUGUGUCUGUGUGGUUCCUUCCCCCAGCAGGUGUUCACAGACCCCAGUAACCUGCAGAGGCACAUUCGCUCCCAGCACGUCGGGGCUCGGGCCCACGCCUGCUCCGACUGUGGCAAGACGUUUGCAACGUCUUCAGGCCUCAAGCAGCAUAAGCACAUCCACAGCAGUGUCAAGCCCUUCAUGUGUAAGUCACUAAGACCCUACCUAUGUGAGGUGUGCCACAAGUCCUACACCCAGUUCUCUAACUUGUGCCGUCACAAACGCAUGCAUGCUGACUGCCGCACACAGAUCAAGUGCAAGGACUGUGGGCAGAUGUUCAGCACCACCUCCUCUCUCAACAAGCACCGGCGCUUCUGUGAAGGGAAGAACCAUUUCACAGCAGGGGGAUUGUUUGCCCAGGGUAUGCCCCUCCCCGGUGCCCCUGGCUUGGACAAAUCAGCCUUGGCGAUGGGCCACAGCAGUGCUGGACUGGCUGAUUACUUUGGUGCCAGCCGACACCAUGGCGGGCUCACCUUCCCUGCUGCCCCGGCAUUUCCCUUCAGUUUUCCUGGCCUGUUCCCCUCUGGACUCUACCACCGGCCACCGCUCAUUCCCGCCACCACCUCUCCUGUCAGACAACCGGCCCACACACCUGUUGCUGGCCCUGGGGCUGAGCUACUUCCUCCAAGCCCUGGGGCUCAGGAGUCCCGAGAACUCCUUAAGGCUCUUCGUAAAGAUGGCGCUUCACCUGGCAACCAGAUGCCAGGCGCUGAACCACACACCCAGAGCUCUUCAUCUUCCUCAAAACAGCGGAACAAGCAGAGUGACCAGUCAGAGAGCAGUGAUCUGGAUGAUGUGAGCACACCUAGUGGAAGUGAUCUAGAGAGCACAUCGGGCUCUGAGAUGGAGAGCGACAUGGAGAGUGAGAGGGGGACUGCUCGGGAAAAUGGAAAAGUCUCCAAGCGAAAGACCAGUGAGGGAGGAACCCAGAGUCCCAACCUGGUGGGCAGCAGUGCUGCUAAAGACUUUCCAGGCCCUUCUCUUAUCCCUUCCUCGCUGGACGAGCACACCGCCGUAACAGGGGCUGUGAAUGACUCUAUUAAGGCCAUUGCCUCCAUUGCAGAAAAGUACUUUGGUUCCACAGGGCUAGCUGGCUUGCAGGACAAGAAGGUCGGGUCUCUGCCCUACCCCUCCAUGUUCCCACUGCCUUUCUUCCCAGCUUUCUCUCCUCCAGUUUAUCCAUUCCAAGACAGAGACCUCAAACCUCCAGCCCUGAAGGGUGAGCCACAGUCUCCAGUAGAUGACUGCAAGAAGGCCCAGGGCAAAGCCUCGUCUGAAUCACCCUUUGACCUCACAACCAAGCGGAAGGAGGAGAAGUCUGCUCCAUUUGUCCCCUCUAAACCAGAGGCCUCCCAGUCUAUCAGUCAGGAUCAGCCACUAGAUCUGAGUCUGGGGACCAGGGGCCGUGGACGGAAUGCAAGAGAGGAGGACACAAAGAAGAAUUUAGGGUAUGAAGAGGAUAAGACAAUGAUGGAGAUCCCAAAAGCUGACACAUCUUUACAGCAUGCCCGGCCCACUCCGUUCUUCAUGGACCCCAUCUACAGCAGGGUUGAGAAGAGGAGAAUGAGCGAUCCGUUUGAGACUCUCAAGGACAAAUACAUGCGACCAGCUCCAGGCUUCCUCUUCCAUCCACAGUUUCGUUUGCCAGAUCAGAGAACUUGGAUGUCAGCAAUUGAAAACAUGGCAGAAAAACUGGAAACAUUUGGCUCCUUAAAGCCAGAGACUGGUGACCUGCUGCGCUCCGUCCCCUCCAUGUUUGACUUCAGAGCCCCACCCUCUGCACUUCCAGAGACGCUGCUGCGCAAGGGCAAGGAGCGUUACACCUGCAGAUAUUGUGGGAAAAUAUUCCCACGUUCUGCCAACCUGACGCGCCACCUCAGGACUCACACAGGAGAGCAACCAUACAGGUGUAAAUACUGCGACCGCUCCUUCAGUAUCUCCUCCAACCUACAACGUCACAUUCGCAACAUUCAUAACAAGGAGAAGCCCUUUAAGUGCCACUUGUGUGACCGUUGUUUCGGGCAGCAGACCAACUUGGACCGUCACCUCAAAAAACACGAGAAUGGAAACCUGUCAGGCACUGCAAUGUCAUCCCCACAGUCUGAACUGGACAGCAGCAGCGCCAUACUGGAUGACAAAGAAGACUCUUAUUUCAAUGAAAUACGAAAUUUCAUUGGCAACACAGGACAGAACCAGACAUCCCCAGAUCCCUCUGAGGAAGGGUUAAAUGGUGGUCCGUUUGAGGAAGAGAAGCCUUUAAUGGCCAGCCGUGGGUCACGUGACCUAGAAGAUGAGGAAGCAGAGGACCUGGGUGCUGAUGAAGAAGAGGGUGAAGAGCCCAGCAGCACCCCUGGCAAACCUGAAGGCGAAGUGCUUCCUGGUAACCUCAGUGAUGAUGUCAUACAAGACGAAAUGGAUUUCAGUGAGUCAAAUGACUUGAACCUCAACUGCAAGAGCUCCCCUGCCAGGUAUGAUGAGGAGGAGCAGAGUGGCUACUCAGCCUUGGACCACAUUCGUCAUUUUUCGGACAUGCGCAAGCUGGAGGAGAGUGAGCUGAGUGACGGAGAUCCAGAUGAAGACGAUGGGUCUUUUGGCUCCCCCUCCCUGGCUGAGGCGGUCAAACAGCCACUGUUUAGGAAAUCCAAGUCUCAGGCCUAUGCCAUGAUGCUGUCUCUGGCUGAAAAGGACUCUCUCCACCCAGCCUCACACACCCCCGCCACCAUGUGGCACAGUCUGGCACGGGCCGCUGCUGAAUCCAGUGCCAUCCAGUCCCUUAGCCAUGUAUGAUGACACCCCUCUGCGCUCUCCCCUUUACCUCUCAAACCCCAACCCUGACCUAUGGCACUGGGAUCCCGUUACAGGGGCAAUCUACAGGGCCCUUUGAUUGUCUGCAGAGUGACUGCUGAGCAGAACCACGGCCCAUCUGACUGCUGAGCGGAGCGCCUUACACACAAAGCAGGGUCUCUGUCCUUGCAGAACACAACCCAGCCCUAACAAUCUUCAACAAAUUCAGAGCAAAAUGUCCUUUGAGACCUUAAAUUUGAUUUCUUACAGUAACACCAACCAGGAUGAUCAAAAUGACGGCAAUUUUUGUGAAAAUAAUGAAGCUAAAGUAAUAAUAGCUGUAUUUAUUCUGCUGAAUUUCUAUGUUUUGCACAGCAAGGGCAGCUGGUGGGCAUUGAAGAUGGAUGUGCUGAUGUUUAUUACUAGACUGCAUUUAUUGCCCAGCACAUACAGGAACAUUUAUUGCCAACAGGAUACAUUUGGUUGUGUCUUUAAGACAGCCAGUUUGAGCCUAGGAUGUGCAUAAAGCAUAAGAACCCUGUCUCAUCUGCCGAACCGAUUUCCCUUUAAGCCCCGAGAUUCACAGGUGCUUCUCGUGAACAUAUGUACUUAAUGAUAAAAAUGAAGGGUGGGGUUCAUUGACCUCAAACUAAAUGAAAACAGCUCCAUGUAGGGAAACACAAGCAGUGCUGUAAUAUCACUGAAGUCAGUGAAGAACAAAUUAAAAAGCAAUUGUUAACUGAAAUUGGGCCAGUUUCCCUCCUGCAUUUUCAUGGCUGCGUGUGUCUGCACAAUCAUAGCACUGUACACAAGUGUCUACCAACUGUUCUCCACUGCACUCCAUCCUGCCCGCCUGCGCUAUCUGUGAAAGGAUAUAAAUAGAUUGUCUUUUUAGUGGAAGAGAAGAAAACACAAUGUUUUUAUUUGUUUUUUGUUCUUUGGUUCAUUUUUUUACUGAGAUACGUAGCCAGUGCUGAAGUUAAUUGUCGUUGUAAAGGGCAUAUGUCUUUUCAAAAACCUUGAAUCCAUCCUAGUCAGCCAACAAUACCACUAAAUAGCCUGAAUGCUAGUCGUUAGCUACUCCAUGCUUGUGUGUCUUUCAUUUUUAGACAAUCAUGAUUUUGUUUCCAUUUUUUGUUGUUGUUGUUGUUGUUAUUUGCUGUUGUAUGUUGAGAAUUGUAUUUAUUUCUUGGCAAACUGUAGUUUGUUUACUGAAUAGCACUGCUCUUAGCCCAGGUGAAGGGGAGAUUCCUCACCCGGCCUAUCCCAGAGUUCAAUGGGGUUUGUAGAUUACAUUUGAGUGCCGGAUAGUAUUAAACAUACAAUUCACUCCUUAUUCUUCUAAUGAAACUGGUUGAUGAAUAGAUAUUACUUAGGUUUUGUUUUCUAUGACAAUUUAAUGAUUCAAUUGUAAAAAAUGAAAAACAUUAUAAAGAAUGAAAUAAUGAGAAAAAAAAAAAGCCAGGUAUAAUUUCUUCAUAAGCGCAUGAUUGGUCUGGUAAGAUCUGUAUCUGACAUUUUCUACGGUUGUCUGCAAGCUUGUGUGACGUUCGGUUCAUGUUAAUCCCUUGUGCCAAACUUAUGAUAAAUAACAGAUUACUUUCAUUUAUUCUCCCGUUUUGAGGGAUCAGAUUUUUUUUUUUUUUUUGUCAUUUUGUUUAUAAUCGAUUUUAAAAAGUAAUCAGCAAGUUGAGGUACUUUGUUUUAAUGCUUUCUACAAUGUAACUGUUAUGCAUUUCAAUUCAGUACUGUGGGAGGAACAACUAAGAAAUAAAAGACUACAAUGUGGAUUGA